AGAUAGCGGAUACUUCGUUCGCUUUUCCUACAACCUAUAAAUUCGACGCGACAUGAACAAGAAAUCUUCAUCAUCAUUUGUCUCCAUCUCUUCUCUCUCUUCACGAGAAAGAGAACAAGAAAAAUAAAAAAAAUAGAAUAAAAGAAAGAUCAUUCAAGAAUGGGGAAAUACACGGAGAUGUUGGAUGCAGGCGUGAGAAUAGCGGCGAGGUUUCAUUCUCACUGUCCUCAGACGGCGCGUCUCUAUUACCAUCCUCCUUCCGACAGCCAUCACCAACAUGGUGUCACCGAUUUAAUCGGAGGUGGUGGAGUUUUGGGUGGGUCGGGUCAAGAUUCUACCGGGAUGGUUGGUGAGCUAGGAGGAUCCGGGGCUGCUGCUGGUUGCGGUCUCAAGCCUUCUCAAGGUCAAGGGUAUGAAGAUGCCAGAGAUCUCUUGUUAUUCUCUGUUGUUUGAUUGAUUUAUCACAAAAAAAAUUAUAACUAAUAUAGAAUAUUAUAACUUUUUUGGUUGAAGAAGAGAUUUGAUGAGCCAAUGUUUUGAUAUUUUUUUCUUUUUCUUUUUCUUUUUCUUUUUCUGUUGUUUUAUUAUUGCAAAAAAAUGUAACAAUCUCUGGAUUACAAAAAAUAUAUUGGAUGUUAAUGAGAAUUUGAUUAUUAUUUU